CUUGCCUGAGGGGCGCCUGCGCAGCGGAGGGCUGCCAGGACGUUUCCCACCGCACCCCUCCGGAGGCUAGUUACUGAAGAGAAAAACAAUCGUUGCAGUAUUAACCGUCAACAGACUGCGACAGGGAUUCGCCAUAGAGGAUUAGCCCGGAACUCGCACUUUCGCUGUUGGAUUUGUUGAGUUCCUUUACUCCUGGCGUCACCUUUGCGACGCGAACCGGGCGCAAAGCCCGCCCACUGCACGCGUUCAGCCGCCACUUCCGCCCUCGACUUCCACGGAGCAAGAUGGCAGAAGAGUCCGAGUCCGUGCUGCAAUUCCCUGCCCCAGCUAUUGCGGGAGGCGAAGGACUUACGGAGGUCUCCCCAGAAACAGCUACUCCGGAGCCCCCUUCUUCCGCUGCAGUCUCUCCGGGGACAGAGGAACCUGUCGGCGACACCAAGAAAAAAAUUGACAUUUUGCUAAAGGCUGUGGGAGACACCCCCAUCAUGAAGACAAAGAGGUGGGCUGUAGAGCGAACCCGAACCAUCCAAGGACUCAUUGACUUCAUCAAAAAGUUCCUUAAACUUGUGGCCUCAGAACAGUUGUUUAUUUAUGUGAAUCAGUCCUUUGCCCCUUCCCCAGACCAGGAAGUUGGAACACUCUAUGAGUGUUUUGGCAGUGAUGGUAAACUGGUUUUGCAUUACUGCAAAUCUCAGGCAUGGGGAUGAACCAUAGGAAAACAACUUGCUACUUGAAGCUAAUCUUCACAAAGGAAAGAGCUCUGAAACACUUUGAUGCUUCUGGCAAGAGACUUAAGGAUAUGAUCUACUCAGCAUGUAUCUGCUAUGAUUUAUGUUUAUGUAUAAGAAAACAUCCACUGAUAAAGAGUGAACUCACAAAAAUGUAACUUGCAUUAAUACACAAAUCAUUAUAAAAGAGUGUACCCUUUGCUCCUACUAUCCGUAAUCCGGAUCUUCCUCCAAGAUAUUGAAAAAGACACUGUAUAAAGCUUUGUUAUUACCUGGUUCUCAAAAUGACUGCAAUUGUUUACUUUAGAAUUAGUGCCCCACUGAUAUUUUUUCACUGUAAAAGUUCAUUUAUUGAAGCAUUCUUCUUUUUCUUAUUCAAGGAAGUUUGGGGUGUGGGGAAUGUUUUUGUUUUUUUGUUUUCUUUUAUUUUGUUUUACAUUUGUAUCUACUGUUACCUUCCUGUAAAACUCUGACCUUCUGGCUCUAAUUCUUACAUUGACCAGAAGUGGGCAGCCUAGGUGGCAGAAGGGUUAGCAGUUUGGUUUAACUUCUUUGCCAUGUGGUGCGGUCGCAGUUGAUUUGUCUGCCGGGGGGGGCAGCCGGUUGCUGAACCCUCGGCUCUCGGCGUUGCUCGGAGGGUACCGGCGGCGGGGGCUCUUUCCCGGAGGCGAGGGCGAGGCGGGGGAC